GCCGUCCCCCAGGAGCUGCCCGGCUCCGGAUGCCGGCGGGAUGGCGCUGAUCCCCGUCGCUGUGCCCCCUCCUCGCCCGGGCAGACCAUCCUCCUGUCACCGUCACGGUGACAGCGGCCAUCGGCCAGGACGCCUGCCUGCCCUGCGGCACCUGCGCGGGGCCACCCUCAGCUGCACCCACCAGCACCCACCAGCACCCACCCACCGCCCGGGCUGGCACCGGCCGCGCCCCGAGCCGGGCUGGCAGCCGCCCGUGCGGCCCCACAGCCGCUUUAGGGGCUCAGGGGACAGGGGACAGCGGCGUGUCCCUGCUGCUGAGGGACACCAGCGAUCCCCAUCUCGGGAAUUAUUCCCGCUACACGGCCCCGCGGCUCCUCUGCUCCCUGGCGCUGCAGCCCGCGGUGGCAGAGGUCCCCAGGGCCGCGGGGCCGGACGUGCUCACGGUGCUUCGUGUCCUCACGGCCGUCUUCACCGUGGUGGCCAUCGGCGUGCUGAUGUGUGCCCGUGGCCAGGGCCACUCCUGGGGGCACAAAGGGGGUGCUGGAGGGGACAAUAUCUCUCGCGUUGCUCCGGAAAGGGCCGUGCCAGCAUCUGCUCCCGGGGGAUUUCCAGCCCAGGCGUAGGGGAGAAAUGAUAAAAGAUGGAAUGGUAAUAAAUGAAAUUAGAGCUGC